CAAAACGCACCACCGGCUAGCAUUUAUUAUCAACCACCUAACUAAAAUGCCCACCCAUUCCUAUUCCACAUUAUAAAUAAAGCCGAAACAAGAGAAGCAACUUGCUUUUUUAUACACACACAAGAGAGAGUGAAAUGGCGAAAUCAGCGGAAGAGGAACACCCUGUGAAGGCUUUUGGAUGGGCUGCCAAGGACACUUCUGGAACUCUUUCUCCCUUCAACUUUUCUCGCAGGGAAAACGGAGAUGAUGACGUGACUAUUAAAAUUCUGUACUGUGGAGUUUGUCACUCUGAUCUCCAUGCCAUCAAAAAUGAAUGGGGGUUUUCAUACUAUCCUGUUCUUCCAGGGCAUGAAAUUGUUGGUGUCGUUACCAAAGCUGGUAGUAAUGUGGAGAAAUUCAAAGUUGGUGAUCGAGUUGGUGUUGGUGUCAUAGUAAACUCUUGCAAGUCAUGUGAGAACUGCAAACAGGAUUUGGAGAAUUACUGCCCCAAAAUGGUUUUUACUUACAACAGCAUGAACUAUGAUGGUACGAAAACUUAUGGUGGUUAUUCUGAUUUGGUGGUGGUGGAUUACCGCUAUGUGCUUCGUUUCCCUGAUAACCUACCACUUGAUUCUGGAGCACCACUUCUUUGUGCUGGGAUUACUGUGUACAGCCCAAUGAAAUACUAUGGAAUGACUGAGCCAGGCAAGCAUUUAGGUGUGGCUGGACUUGGGGGGCUUGGUCAUGUUGCUGUCAAGUUGGGGAAAGCUUUCGGUCUGAAAGUUACUGUAAUUAGCUCAUCUCCUAAGAAAGAAUCUGAAGCGAUUAGCAAACUUGGAGCUGAUGCUUUUCUUGUGAGCUCUGAUCCUGAGAAAGUGAAGGCUGCUGUGGGUACCAUGGAUUUUAUAAUCGACACUAUUGCUGCAGUCCAUCCUUUGGCCCCUUUGCUUGGUCUCUUAAAAAUGAAUGGGAAACUCAUUACUGUUGGCCUCCCUGAUAAACCUCUAGAGCUGCCAAUCUUUCCCUUAGUUCUGGGGAGAAAGCUUGUGGGGGGAAGUGAUAUUGGAGGAAUAAAAGAGACACAGGAGAUGCUAGACUUUUGUGCAAAGCAUAACAUAACUUCAGAAAUAGAGCUGAUACGGAUGGACUACAUCAACACAGCUAUGGAUAGGCUUGCUAAAUCUGAUGUGAGGUAUCGCUUUGUCAUCGAUGUAUCAAACUCCUUGACCAAAUAAGCCUGGUGAGAAACUGUGUUGCUGCCGUUGAAUUCCUCUCUUUCUUUUCACGCGUAGCCCUAUCUAGCCUUAUCCUCGAAAUAAAUAUUUGUUGGAGAUAUUUUGAUGAGACAUUGUGGCAAGAAAUGUAUCUGAAGAAAACUGGAUCCUUUGGAAUGUUGAUGAAUUUUUAAAGUUUGAA